UUUCAUGUUAUCCAUAUCGUUUGGUGACUAUAACUGUGCUGCUGGUAACAAUUUAAUUAGGUUUUUUUGCCGACGUUUACUGACAAUGGUCAUAUGUAACGUGUUGCACGUUUGUAAAUGCAUCCGUUAUUCAGCGCUCUUGCACACAGACGAGAGUGCUCUGAAAUCGUACAUAGCCAAAGUUCAUUUACGAACGCACCCUUAACCUGUAUAUAUUGAACCUAGCAAGGAACCCGGAAGAGGGCACAUGACUGCUCCUGUCACUUUAAACCGGUGCGGAAGUGUGUUACAGUAUGGAUUUGAUGCAAUGAUAUAAGGUCAGGAAACUUCGCAAUAAAUCGUUAUUGAAGACACCAAAUGAUUCAACUGCAAGAUCAAACGAAAUAGUACUCGUGCUUAAAUUGAAUGUCAUAUUUCUUCGGGGAGAUUGUUCUCGUACAUUUUUCGCUAAACGUCGUAGCUAGUCUGCAAGAAAGUGGUAGCAUACAGUAGCUUGCCAGUUAUUUUUGGACACUUGACUGAUCGAGGAACAAGAGAUACCGGUAGCUGACAGUACGCACACGUUUUCCCAAUGGCUGUGUCAAAAUGCACCCGGCUGAACGGUCCCUUAAUAAAGCAAAUGUUAGAUUCUGUGGACAGUGUCCUCUUCGACUGUGAUGGUGUCAUCUGGCGAGGGGAUCAGGCAAUCCCUGGCGCCCCUGACGUUAUCAACCUGCUCAAGAAGAAUGGAAAGAAAGUGUUUUUCGUCACCAACAACAGCACUAAAACUAGAAAGAUGUAUGCAGACAAAAUGGCAUUAAUGGGAUUCAACGCAACUGAAGAUGAAGUGUUUGGAACGGCGUACUGCUCUGCAAUGUACCUAAAACAUGUCUCCAGACUACAGGGCAAAGUGUAUCUCAUAGGAAGCAAUGCAAUGAGGCAGGAACUAGAAAAGGUUGGGAUCCAGCAGACAGGUGUGGGGCCUGAUCCGAUAUCAGGUGUCCAGAUCGAUUGGGCAAACGUGCCCCUGGACCCUGAGGUGAAGGCUGUGGUUGUUGGGUUUGAUGAGCACUUCAGUUACAUGAAACUGAACAGAGCCCUGCAGUACCUCAACAACCCUGACUGUCUACUGGUGGGAACCAACACUGACACCAGACUGCCCCUGGAAGGAGGCAAAGCUGUCCCAGGGACGGGCUGCAUCCUGAAGGCUGUGGAGACCGCAGCCCAGCGCCAGGCCCAGACUGUGGGAAAGCCCAACCACUUCAUGUACGACUGUGUGGCCAGCCAGUUCGGCCUGGACCGCACCCGCUGCCUCAUGGUGGGGGACCGGUUGGACACGGACAUCCUGCUGGGGUCCAACUGUGGCCUGAAGACCCUGCUGACCCUGACCGGGGUGUCCACUGUGGCCGACGCUGAGGCCCAUCAGGAGAGUGGCUGUCCAAAACGCCUUGGGAUGGUGCCUGACUACUACGUAGAGAGUAUUGCAGAACUCCUGCCUGCUCUACAAGGAUAACCAGUCAGGGUGUGGAAAAGAAAAAUUGUUUUUUUAUCUCAAUGAGACUUUAGCCUUGAUAGAUGAUAAUUAGAUUAAUAUUGACUAAUUAUAAAGGACCGUUAAGGACUGUGUGCGUCUGAAAACCCAGGCUUGUUUCCGGAUUACGGAUGUGAAAAUUCAGGAAGGUACAGAGAGUUAAUCAACUGCUUCGAUUAUACUAAGACUGCAACAAAACAAACCUAUAUUAAAGUUAUUUUAACUACAGUAUGCUAUGGCUGAAUAUGUAUAUUCAAGAUAUACAGCCGGUGUAGCCGACUCCUCAUGGAGAGCUACUGGGUGUGCAAGCCUUUGUUCCAGCCCUGCUCUAAUGCACCACAUAGAUUCAGCAGCAAAAAAGGAAAGGAAUAGUAGGGCUGGAACAAAAGCCUGCCCAGCACACCCAGUAGCUCUCCAGGACGAGGGUUAGCCACUCCUGAUUUCCGGUGUUGAUAAAUGGAUUUCACAUUAUUUUUUCAAGAAUUGUUCAGGAAAUGGUAGUGAAGUAUGUGCUGUGUGUUUGGGUGAAAAGGAAGAAGUGCUAUGAAUGGCCUGUGUUCUUUGCUCAAUAUCCCUCUGUAGCAAUGAUCUCAAACACAGUCGGAGGAAAUGUGUACACACUUCUUUUGGGUGUUUCCCUCAUCUGUGUGCAUACAUUUAAAAUCACGUCACUCAAUAUUUAUCUAAAGCAGGGAGCUAUGCAGAAAUACAGUAAACUGGAGUGCACUGACAAUUCAUCAGGAAUUAUAUAUCUUAUGUUGUCCACUCUCAUUCACUGUACCAAUGCUGUGUCUAUUGCCAUUUACAGUACCCAUUCACGUGAGGAAGUAUACAUAAACUGGGUUAUACUCUUAUUGUAUCCUGAUGUAUUCUACAUGUAAAAAUAUAACUACCUUUUGUUCCCAUUCAUUUAGAAGGUUAGGGGUUUGCGCAAUAAUCAAUGAUCUUGUUAAGUGUGUUUUAAUGUAACAUAAUGUCAGUUUUUUUAGUAACUGUCUAUAAUACGUUAGAUUGUCUGUACUGCCAAUACAAUAAUCAAACUACUGUAUCAUCCUCUGUCCAUGACAACAGUAUUCACCUUGACUCAAGUCAAUCAAACACUGAUAAAAAAUAAACAUACCUUUUCCAAAAUUAAA